CACACAGACCCUGUCCACACAGGCCCUGUCCACACACACUGCCUCGUCUGCAGAUUACAGUCCUUUCUCUGUCCGACAUAAAAUCAAAUCCUUUGAGAAUCUGGCUAAUGUUGACAAGCCCCUGGUGAAAAGCGGUGAUCCUCAGCCGUAUGCGCUGGCAUAUAGAGCCCCGCUGAACCAAAGGAUUGCAGGUUAUAUGGAACUAGUUAAUGCUGUUGACUUCCGGACACGGCAAAGGAGUUUUAGCUCUUAUGUGGAAAAUCUGCUUCCAGCCACAUCCUGCUCUCUUCGUCUUCGUAAGUCUUCUGAGAAUGAAGUUCACAAAGCUCCAGAUGGGGCUGCGCCACAGACUCCUCCAGUGCUGCGCAAGAAACAUGGCAGACUUCUCUACAGUAGGUUACGGCAGCUCAGGGCUCUCAGCAUGCCUGAGCUGGAAAAACUGUGCAAAGAGGACGCUGCAGGAGGGCGCAGCACUGCAGAUAAAACAGACGCUGACACCCGGUCCACUAUAGCCCCAGUGACUGACAGCUUUCCAACCUGUGCAACUCCAAUGAAAGCAGAUUUGAACAGGGUUAACCACAGCGAGGCUGAAGUCACUGAAGAGACUGCUCAGAGGACCCGAGAGACCCAUGGCCGGCAGCUCGGCUGGUCCAUCAGUUUAGAGGAGCUGUCGGCUUCACCUGUGAGUCAGUGUAAACUGCAAACACUGCUGUCCUCACUAACAGCAAAAGCUUACAUAGCAACCCUGCUUCAGCAAACCAAGACUAACAGAAAUACUCGUCUGGUUGUCCUGAGUAAAGGAGAAGGUUCAGGACUUGGUUUCAGUAUUGCUGGAGGAGUCGACCUCGAGCAAAAGGACAUAACUAUAUGAAGAUUCAGUUAGUCCAGAAAAUCUCAAGAAAAGUUUCUUCAAGAGCAAAAUGCACCAAACAGUGUGACAAAGCCCACUCUGCUGAGGGAAAGUUCAUUAGUCACCAGCUACAGAGGUCAA